AUGGCUCCUUCUCUUCAAACGCCGCUCUCGAAGCUGCUAGGGAUCCAAUACCCCAUCAUACUCGCUGGCAUGGCACGAACAUCUGGUGGCCCCCUCGCAGCCGCCGUCUCCAACGCAGGCGGCCUUGGGGUGAUCGGAGGUCUAGGCUACACACCUGCCCAGCUCCAAUCCAUCAUAGACGACCUCAAAUCAAACCUUUGCGAUCAAUCGCUGCCCUUUGGCGUAGACCUCGCACUUCCGCAAGUGGGCGGCAGCGCACGAAAGACAAACCACGAUUACACACAUGGACAGUUGGACGAACUGAUUGAAGUCACUAUUAAGAACGGCGCAAAACUCUUUGUGAGUGCUGUUGGCGUGCCUCCUGCGCGGACAAUCAAGCGCCUGCAUGAGGCUGGGAUUCUGAUCAUGAACAUGGUGGGCCACCCUAAACACGCCAAGAAAGCACUCGAUGCGGGCGUAGACAUUGUAUGCGCACAGGGCGGCGAAGGCGGAGGACAUACCGGUGAUAUCGCGAACAGCAUCCUCAUCCCCUCGGUUGUCGACGUAGCCCGCCAAUACAAAUCCCCUCUGACGGGCGAGCCGGCCAUGGUGGUAGCAGCAGGCGGCAUCUAUAACGGGCGCAGUCUCGCAUCUUCCUUGAUGCAAGGCGCACAGGGUGUAUGGGUCGGUACUCGGUUCGUUGCUUCGACAGAAGCCGGGUGCUCGCAGAUGCACAAGGAACACGUCGUUAGUGCCGAUUUCACGGAUACCGGACGCACACUCGUUGUAUCGGGACGCCCGUUGAGAGUCAGGUACAAUGACUAUAUCAAGGAGUGGCAUGAGCGCGAGGACGAGAUCAAGAAGCUGACGGAACAAGGCAUAGUACCGCUGGCAAAGGAUAUGGAUGACGGAAAGGAUGUGGAUAUUCCCUUCCUGAUGGGCCAGGUUGCGGGAGUGAUUAGGGACAUCAAGCCUGCAAAGGAGAUAGUGGAGGAUAUGGUGACGGAGGCGGUAGAGAUGUUAAGGCUAGGGGGGGACAUUUAUUGGGGGUGGAAGCAAGUUGCAAGUGGACCUUGGAUGAUCGACACCCAGGAUCCCACGCCCACACCCCCCGACCAAGACAAGCCCAAUCCGCAACAAACCGCUUCUGCUCAGGAGACAGAGAGCAAGCAACCAGACCGUGAAGCAAAAUCUCAUCUGGACAGGCAAAAAAAACCUCCCCCGGCCUUGCCGUCGUCCCAUCAACACCACCGCACAACGACAUCUCUACCACAAUCAUCACAACUUAUUCUUACUUGUACUACCGUAUAUACCUUCUUUCUUCUCAUCCCCACCCGCACAUCCACCCGCCCAUCCGCCUCGCAGUUCCCCCAUCCACUAAACCUAGACGCACCCUUUCGCGUUGGCCAAACCCAAAAACCCCCAACCCAACCCGCAAAAAAAAACCGGCCGAAGAGCACGUCUCCUCACUCCCGCGGCGAUUUGUUGCGCGCGCGCCCGUCGCCGCCGCCGCCCCCCACUCCGAACCCCCCAAUAACGCGGCCGCUUCAACGUUAUUGUCGUUCUUUGGUCCUGGGGAGAUUCCAGGUCUCCGUUGUUGUUUCAUCUGUUCCGCCUCCCGCCUUUCGUUACACACGCGCGCGCGCGUGCCGGUAG